GGCGUCCUCGGGCGGUUGAUGCUCGCCGCGCGCGACAUCGAACAACUCCCAUUAUUACCUCCCCUUUCUUUCUCUCUGACAUUACCUCUAGAAUCCUUCAGGACUGACGACGACAACAAUGGCGCUGACAGCGACCGCACAAUCGGCGCUGCCCUCAUGGGACGAGAGCAUCGUCCCCAGUCUCCGGAAGAGACUGGAGAACGAGAGCCGCAUAUUGUCCAAGCGGAUAUCGAACACCUCUAUGAGCGACGAGGAUGCAUACAAUCUCAGGACCGCCCACCGCCCGACCACCGCAGCAUCGGCCGCCACCGCAAAUACCUACAGGAGCGCUCAAGACGAGUCUUACACGUCCGCAACUAGUUCCCGAUCACCUAGGGCCCCUGGCGCCGCCGUCGGAACAGCGUCGACACCGUCGCGUGCUAAGCGCAGCCGUACAUACUCCCAGCCGUGGUCUCCCGACGCUGGGAGCGGCUCACGUUCAAACUCCCCUAUGGUCGACCGCAACGCGGACUAUAUCAAGCCCAGCCGCAUACCGGUCGCUCGCGCGCGCACGAACAGCGUGACCAGCCAUAAUGCGACGAACGCCGCGGGCUCCCCUGGCAGCUACCCUCACGCGAACGGGUAUUCCGCGAACAAGGACGACCUAUGGGCCGUUCAAGAGACCCACGCCGACGCCAAACCCUCACCGCAGAUGAUCUCCGUACCCCUCCGUCACCAGAACUCGCGCAUCAUCAAUGAGCAGGCGCCUUUCCCCGCGGACUCCGUCGGCUCCUCAUUUCGAUCUAAGUAUGACUACAAUACGUCGUACACGCCGUCUCCGCAGGCGUACGAUGAGGACGGCACGCCUCUGGGUCGUAUGUCUAACGAGUCGGAGGAGCGGCCCUUCGAGCAUUGGUAUCGCGGGGACACGUCUCGUAAUGGAGGCGUGGGUGAGCUGCGCGUCGGGAAGAGGAAGGAGAUGCUCGAGAUUGCGCAACAUGGGCACUCGCUCCGGAGCAAGCAGUUCGGGCCGAGCGGUCCUGGCAGCCGCGCCACUUCCCGCGCGGAUGUCAGGUCGGUGGUGGGGUCCAGGAGGAGGGCGGAUAGCCUCGGUGCCAGGGAGAGUUUCUACCUCGACGAGCAGGCAGAGGAAGACUUGGCGAGGGUGUUGGACGAGCGGCCGCUGACGGACGCGGAGAGGGACACGGAGGGCGAGGGGGAACAAGACGUGGAGAUGGACCUUCCCUCCGAGGACGAUACUACCAGGAUAGGGAAGGAGCAGCUGAGAGCGGAGACGCCGAGGGCUGGAGCGCGUAGUGUGACGCCCACUAACCACCGCCCUAAGGUUGGCCGCACGACCACUGCACCUGCCGCCCAGAGCUCCCGUGCCCGCUCUGAGCCCCCAUUUGCGUCAACCUCCAAGGCGUCACCCUCCUCCAGUCGCUCACCAAAUGCUCCGGCGCCGCAGCAACGCUCGCGUUCACAACAGCGCCUUCUGCAAACCCCGCCUACUACACCAGCUUCCAAGCGCCGCGUAUCACCUGCUUCUGCCAAGAGCUCGCCGAACGCCUCUGGGAAGAAACCGAAGACCGUCGCUCAACGCCGCGUCCCGCAGUCAUCGCUCAAUGAAGAUAACCGUCGGUCGAUCGGUUCUUAUCCCGAUGUGGAGGACUCGUUGGACGGGGAGACCAGCCUCGCGGACGCCAUUCCGAAGUGGACGCAGCCGAAGGUGGCGAAUGGAAACUGGGACGACGUCGUACUGCCCGCCGUGGCGAAGAAGAAGGGCUUGGAGGAGCAGUACGAAGAGGCCGAUGGGAGCCCGAAGGUUGUUCAGAAGAGGGCCAGCUACGAGUAUGAACCGGCGCCUGGAACAUUCGGGUAUGACUAUUCGAAAUACCGCCCCCCACGGACCGAUGGUCUGUCAGGGAACAUGGACGAGUUUGGCCAAAUGCCUCGCCUGGACGACCAAACACACCCCGAUAUCGAUCCCCCGCCAACUGGGGAAGAGCCACCUGCCGGCAAGCAACGACUUAGACCCGAUCCUCUACACCUCGACCAGCAGACCCCGAUCCGGUUCAAUGGUACACCUAGUCCACGGACGGCAUCGCCAGCCCCCUUCUCGCAUUAUAGCAGGGACGGGCACGGGACGCCAAUUCCAGGGGCUGGUAUACAGCCGCAACAGCAGAUGGACGAAAAACGGAGACAGCCGGCGCAAUUGCAAUUGGAGGAGCCCGAACACGGCGGCGGCUGUUGCAAAUGCGUUGUGAUGUGAUCUCUGGAUCAAUUUUAGCCUGGUUUCGACGCCAGGUAUAGAUUCGUCAACCUUCAUGGCUUAACGUCACUCGGAUGGACUAUUGUUGUAUCGCGGAUAUUGGUGGCUCUUUGUAUAGCCCGCUUUCGCUGUCUUUCCUCGGCGCCUCGCCAUCGUCGCUCCUUUUCCUGCUUCCUUGAGUUCCAACAGGUGUUCCUCCUUAUCACGGUUCCGGCACAUUCACGACGUCACCCCGCAGUCCGGCCUCUUCUCCCCCGUGUACCAUAUUGCACUACAAUUCCGCGACUCGUUCACCAUCCCCUUUUGGGGACCCCACGCUCCCUUCACCGCCGCCAUCGCCUAAUUGCCUCCCUCGUCCGUUCGCGUACCUCUCUUCCUCGACAAUCCGUCCUCGCCGUUCUGGUCUCCUCUCUACUGUCUUCAUGAUAUUUCCUUCGAUCAUCGGGAUUAGCCAUACCAUAAAGUAGAUUCUAGUCAAUUGUCUCAAAGCCACAAUGUUUUCC